AUGUGUAAAGUUCGUCAAGCCAAAGAUGCAAAUUCAAAGAUUUCUAUCAAAUUAUAUAAAGAGGAGCUUUCGAACGUUAUAGCUGCUCUCAAGCGAAAAUGUACUACUACAGAAUGUACCACUACAGAAUGUACCACUGAAGAAUGUACCACUACAGAAUGUACCACUACAGAAUGUAUCACUACAGAAUGUACAACUACAGAAUGUACCACUACAGAAUGUACCACUACAGAAUGUACAACUACAGAAUGUACCACUACAGAAUGUACCACUACAGAAUGUACAACUACAGAAUGUACCACUACAGAAUGUACCACUACAGAAUGUACCACUACAGAAUGUACCACUACAGAAUGUACCACUACAGAAUGUACCACUACAGAAUGUACAACUACAGAAUGUACCACUACAGAAUGUACCACUACAGAAUGUACCACUACAGAAUGUACCACUACAGAAUGUACCACUACAGAAUGUACAACUACAGAAUGUACAACUACAGAAUGUACCACUACAGAAUGUACCACUACAGAAUGUACCACUACAGAAUGUACAACUACAGAUUGUACCACUACAGAAUGUACCACUACAAAAUGUACAACUACAGAAUGUACAACUACAGAUUGUACCACUACAGAAUGUACCACUACAAAAUGUACCACUACAGAAUGUACCACUACAGAAUGUACCACUACAGAAUGUACCACUACAGAAUGUACCACUACAGAAUGUACCACUACAGAAUGUACCACUACAGAAUGUACCACUACAGAAUGUACCACUACAGAAUGUACCACUACAGAGUGUACCACUACAGAAUGUACAACUACAGAAUGUACCACUACAGAAUGUACCACUACAGAAUGUACCACUACAGAAGGUACAACUACAGAAUGUACCACUACAGAAUGUACAACUACAGAAUGUACAACUACAGAAUGUACAACUACAGAAUGUACUACUACAGAAUGUACCACUACAGAAUGUACCACUACAGAAUGUACAACUACAGAAUGUACAACUACAGAAUGUACAACUACAGAAUGUACCACUACAGAGUGUACCACUACAGAAUGUACAACUACAGAAUGUACCACUACAGAAUGUACCACUACAGAAUGUACCACUACAGAAGGUACAACUACAGAAUGUACCACUACAGAAUGUACAACUACAGAAUGUAAAACUACAGAAUGUACAACUACAGAAUGUACAACUACAGAAUGUACCACUACAGAAUGUACCACUACAGAAUGUACAACUACAGAAUGUACAACUACAGAAUGUACAACUACAGAAUGUACCACUACAGAAUGUACAACUACAGAAUGUACCACUACAGAAUGUACCACUACAGAAUGUACAACUACAGAAUGUACAACUACAGAAUGUACAACUACAGAUUGUACAACUACAGAAUGUACAACUACAGAAUGUACCACUACAGAAUGUACAACUACAGAUCAAUGUACAACUACAGAAUGUACCACUACAGAAUGUACAACUACAGAAUGUACAACUACAGAAUGUACAACUACAGAAUGUACCACUACAGAAUGUACAACUACAGAAUGUACCACUACAGAAUGCACCACUACAGAAUGUACAACUACAGAAUGUACAACUACAGAAUGUACAACUACAGAAUGUACCACUACAGAAUGUACCACUACAGAAUGUACCACUACAGAAUGUACAACUACAGAAUGUACAACUACAGAAUGUACAACUACAGAAUGUACCACUACAGAAUGUACCACUACAGAAUGUACCACUACAGAAUGUACAACUACAGAAUGUACAACUACAGAAUGUACAACUACAGAAUGUACCACUACAGAAUGUACCACUACAGAAUGUACAACUACAGAAUGUACCACUACAGAAUGUACAACUACAGAAUGUACAACUACAGAAUGUACAACUACAGAAUAUACAACUACAGAAUGUACAACUACAGAAAAAUGUACAACUACAGAAUGUACCACUACAGAAUGUACAACUACAGAAUGUACAACUACAGAAUGUACAACUACAGAAUGUACCACUACAGAAUGUACAACUACAGAAUGUACCACUACAGAAUGUACCACUACAGAAUGUACAACUACAGAAUGUACAACUACAGAAUAUACAACUACAGAAUGUACCACUACAGAAUGUACCACUACAGAAUGUACCACUUCAGAAUGUACAACUACAGAAUGUACAACUACAGAAUGUACAACUACAGAAUGUACCACUACAGAAUGUACAACUACAGAAUGUACCACUACAGAAUGUACAACUACAGAAUUUACCACUACAGAAUGUACCACUACAGAAUGUACAACUACAGAAUGUACAACUACAGAAUGUACCACUACAGAAUGUACAACUACAGAAUGUACCACUACAGAAUGUACCACUACAGAAUGUACAACUACAGAAUUUACCACUACAGAAUGUACCACUACAGAAUGUACAACUACAGAAUGUACAACUACAGAAUGUACCACUACAGAAUGUACAACUACAGAAUGUACCACUACAGAAUGUACAACUACAGAAUGUACCACUACAGAAUGUACAACUACAGAAUGUACAACUACAGAAUGUACCACUACAGAAUGUACCACUACAGAAUGUACAACUACAGAAUGUACCACUACAGAAUGUACCACUACAGAAUGUACCACUACAGAAUGUACAACUACAGAAUGUCCCACUACAGAAUGUACAACUACAGAAUGUACCACUACAGAAUGUACAACUACUGAAUGUACAACUACAGAAUGUACCACUACAGAAUGUACAACUACAGAAUGUACAACUACAGAAUGUACAACUACAGAAUGUACAACUACAGAAUGUCCCACUACAGAAUGUACCACUACAGAAUGUACCACUACAGAAUGUACAACUACUGAAUGUACAACUACAGAAUGUACCACUACAGAAUGUACAACUACAGAAUGUACAACUACAGAAUGUACAACUACAGAAUGUACAACUACAGAAUGUACAACUACAGAAUGUACCACUACAGAAUGUACCACUACAGAAUGUUUAACUACAGAAUGUACAACUACAGAAUGUUCAACUACAGAAUGUACCACUACAGAAUGUACCACUACAGAAUGUACAACUACAGAAUGUACAACUACAGAAUGUACAACUACAGAAUGUACCACUACAGAAUGUACCACUACAGAAUGUACCACUACAGAAUGUACAACUACAGAAUGUACAACUACAGAAUGUACAACUACAGAAUGUACCACUACAGAAUGUACCACUACAGAAUGUACCACUACAGAAUGUACCACUACAGAAUGUACCACUACAGAAUGUACAACUACAGAAUGUACAACUACAGAAUGUACCACUACAGAAUGUACAACUACAGAAUGUACAACUACAGAAUGUACAACUACAGAAUGUACAACUACAGAAUGUACAACUACAGAAUGUACAACUACAGAAUGUACAACUACAGAAUGUCCCACUACAGAAUGUAUAACUACAGAAUGUACAACUACAGAAUGUUCAACUACAGAAUGUACAACUACAGAAUGUACAACUACAGAAUGUACAACUACAGAAUGUACCACUACAGAAUGUACAACUACAGAAUGUACAACUACAGAAUGUACAACUACAGAAUGUACAACUACAGAAUGUACAACUACAGAAUGUACAACUACAGAAUGUACCACUCGUAGUUUUAAGUCUUGA